UAGUGAUUAUAUAUGAUUAUUGGAAGGUGUAAAGUAAAGAUGAUUAUAGGUGUUAGUUGAUUAUAGGUUUAUGAUUCCUUUCAAGAUUUAAGUUGUAGAAAAAACUCUAAAAGGGGUACAGUAAUGGUGCAAAUCAUAGUUUGUGAUGCGUUGACUGGGGAGCUAAGCUGUGUGGAGUCCGUUUCUCUUGAUUUUUAUGUUGUUUCCUUAGCUGGUUUGAUUUGAUUUUUGUGGAUAAAAUUUUGCUAGUUCUGUUUUUUUGUUUUUUUUUUGUUUUGUGUGAAUUUGAUUUCAUGUCUAGAGGGGACAUGACACAACUCCAACUUACCAGGACAUGACUCUAGAUAGAUAGGAAGGUUUGGAAUGUUACAAGAUUUAGAUAGAAGGUUAGUGAUUAGUUGAGUGUUAUUGCACUCUAUGUGGGAGUGGUAGUAGGGGCUAUUUAGUAGUCAUUUAAACUCUUGUUCUAUAAUGUGUAUUAGUAUGUGUCGCUUCAUUCAUUUGCUUUGUAUUUGCUAUUUUACUGGCAUACUUUUGUGAUACAUUGCUUCAAUGACUUUUUUGUUGAGUUGAGGGAAUGCCGGAAACAAUCUCUCUACCUCACAAAAGGUAGGGGUAAGGAUAACAAGGAUCAUACGGUAAAAGGCUGCAAAGAUGGGGAUCAUAUGAGAGUGAACUGUCAACCCGUUCCUCUCUAGAAAGAAAGAGAUAGCUCUAACAUUCUCUCUGUUCCUAAUGUCUUCAGCACAAAUAAGGUUCAACCACAAUUCUAGAAAUUCAAAAAGAGGGUCACAGGAUCUUUUGGGCGGCAAGGAUUUUGAACUUCAUGAGUGUGAGAAAGAUAAUUCACAUGAACCUUUAAGUAUGUUAGAGUCAGAGCUCAAAGUUUUGAGCGCAGAGAGUGUUCAUGUUCUGAAAUUAUGCGGAGGAAACCAAUUAAUUGAGGAGUUCUAUUCUCAAACAUAUUGUGAUGAUGUUGAAAAGCUAGACCACCACCUCAAAGGCUACAAUCCCUCUGCAUAUAGUUACAAAGAUAGCCAAUUGCACAUGCUCCAAAAUGUUGUAGGCGAUGGCUCCCAGAGAAAACCAAUAAAUACAGAUUCCGGAGGAUUUAUGGAACUUGAUUAUUACAUGGACCUAGACCCUGGACAAACUAAGAAGGCUUGUUCUGAACUGGAUUCUGAAUGGAUUGGAGUUCAGAAGGCUCAACCAUGGUGGCGCACAGCUGAUAAGGAAUUAGCUGCCUCAGGUUCUCCCAAGUCAUCUGAAUGUAUCACGUAUUCUGAGCAUUCAUGGCGUGAGCCUUUGAGAAGUGAGUCAUAUAACUGUUCUAACCAGGUUAGUAUGAUAGAAAAGGAAUCUCUGGUUACUCCUGAUUAUUGUCCAAGACAACAUCCUUCACAAAGCCAACAGAAGAUAUUGUGUGUUGGCAAAGGGUGCUUAUCACGUCGUUCAGGACAGCCAGUAAGUGGUGAUGACAAUUUAAGUAUUGCCAACGUCCUCUCAUCAGAAACCCAACCAGGAUCAAGCGAUCUCAGCAAAACACAACUGUUAGAAGCACUGUGCUAUUCUCAAACCCGUGCAAGAGAAGCUGAACAAUUGGCACAGCAAGCAUACAACGAAAAGGAGCAUGUGAUCAAGCUGUUGUUCAGGCAGGCUUCUCAGCUCUUUGCUUACCGGCAGUGGCUUCAAAUUUUGCAGCUUGAAGCUCUGGUCCUCCAGCUCAGGAACAAAGAUGAGCAAGAUUCCAUCAACUAUUCAAAUAGCUUCCCCGUUAUCCCUUGCAAAGGACGGAAACUGAAGAAGUUUAGAUAUAAUAAGCCUACUAAGAAGAAGACAAGAAAGGGAAAAUUCAAGAUAAACAAGUCUGCUGUAGCUUUUGCCUUGGGUUUGAGUCUUGCUGGUGCUGGUUUGUUACUUGGUUGGACCAUGGGAUGGCUAUUUCCUGCCCUCUAAACCAUCUUUCUGGUUCGCUUAGAUUCACGUAGGUAUGUUUCAUGCGUUUUCUAUCAGACCACGUCGAAGAUAUAAUAUUCUAGUAGAUAGGAUUGCAUAUUCUGUAAAUAUACAACUACUACGCAUCAAUCCCAAAUGCAUUUUGUAAAUAUUGUUGGGCUAAGGUCUUAUAUCAUAUGUAACCUCUGUGUGUUUUCAUAUCAGAAUGCUUUGGAGAUUAUUUCAACAGGUUUGGGCUAGCUGUAUAUACUUUCUAUGUUCGGAUGAUUAAAAAGUGAAAUCUUUGUAUGUUAUAUUUCCUUCGUUUCAA